AUGUCCAGCCAGAACAACUCGAGUGAUAACCAGCAACAAGAGCCUACGUUUAGUAUUCUCCCUCACCCAGCGAAGACGAAUAAUCCGGCCGAUCUCCAGCAGGGGGAAUCUGCGUAUGCAGGGUCUGGCGCAGCGGCACUGGGCAAGGGACCUCAUGUGCUGGAUGAUGGAGUCAAGAGUAAUUUGGAGCAACCAUUGUCUCGUGAGGAACUGAGGAAGCGAGCGGAGGAGUUGAACAAGUAG